AUGGUCUGGCUAGCCACCGGUCCACCAAAGGUCCAGUCACCUAUCGGCUGGCCUCCGACGACCGGCCAUCGAUCGUCAGACAGACCUCCAGCGACCAGCCACCAGUCCACCGGUGGUCUGCCUUAUGAGUUCACUGUUGGAUCACCUUCGGGCAAAGAAAGGAAGCGAGAAUUUGUAGAUAAUGCAAAUGGGCUUUAUUCAGCUCAAGCUGCACCAAAGCCACCGAAAGCUUUGUACACUAUAACUGAAGGAAUGAAAGUUGGAGGAAAGAGAACUGUGAUUGUUCCUCCGGACUUGGGUUACGGACAAAAUGGCUUGAAUGAAAUUCCACCCGGAGCUCCUUUUGAACUGAAUGUGGAGCUCUUGCAAGUUAUGUCACCAGCAACAGCAAAGUAAAAAGCCUUGUGGUCUUGAUGCUGAAU